CGACCCAAUAUGCUUCCCAAAAGGCCUCAGGAAGUUUGAAGCCUGCGCUACUGUGAGUUCUUACCCUAGUUGCGUAACAUUCCACAAGGUAGACAGGAGUUUAAAUAACAGUUUCUUACAAAGUACUACUGAUUCGCAUUUCUAAAAAAUUCUUGUGAAGUUUCUUCCCUUGAUAUUCAAGCUUUUUAUCAGACAUAUAUACUAUAGUCUACUGAAUGUGUAGAUAUAUAUGUACGGGAGUAGGAACGUUGUCGUUCCUGAUCAGUCAAAAAGCUGUGUUUUCAGGGUAACUUCUUACACGAGUUUGAAUUUAGUUGUACUCGUUUCUCAACGUUGAGAAAUACUUCGAUUUUAACAUGUUUUAUCAGUUCUAACCUAGCCUAACCAUAGUUCUAUAUUUGUCCAAUCAUCACGCUUAUUUCAAGUUCUAGAGGUUGUUUCCUUUUAACUUCCAGCUGUAUUAGUGAGUCGCUAAUUAAUAUUAACCAACUAUUCAAAUAUUUCACUUUGGUUUAUGUUCUGAUUAUUACCUAUAUUCUAAUGUUUAACACCUUGGUAUUGUUUGCUAUCAGCCCAUCAAAACUGAUAUACAAUUCCUUACCGUUGAAACAAAUCAAGAUCCUAAGCCGGUCCAUUAUGUCGUAUAGUCGAUCGAAACUUAUCUAUGUAUGGAAUAAGUUCCUUUGGGUUUUGUCUUUUUGCUGUAACUAAUGGAUUUGCAGCAUUACGCGUCUCGUCCAUCUGUGUGCAAAGUGGUAUGCAUGAGAGAAUCUUGAGAAGAGAAGUAUAAUAAAAUAGUGACUUGAUUUUUCUGUGAGAUUUUAAAUACGUUGAAUCCCACCACAACUAAUUUUGGGGCCAUUCGUUUGUUGAGUGAACAAAGUGUUGAUCUUGCCAAAUUACAUCAUCUGUCACGUGUGACACAUAUUUAUCCGUAUUGAAUGUCAUGGAUGUCUCAGAAAAUUACAAUGUUAUGUCCUAUGACAAAAUAUAAUUACUGGACAUAGCAUACAAACAAGUAUUUAAAAAUGCACAUCUUUUUGGCCUUGUCUCUGUAGUUGAUUAGUCAAGGUAGUGGCCAACUCGAUCUUAAGCCAUCAUUGUUUGAAUUAGUUGAGAUCUGUUACGUGCCUGUACACACACACGACUUCUAUAUGUUAUGUUAGCUCGUAUGCAGACAUGUCUGGAAUAGAUUAAGGGCGGACAUGCUGCUUUGCAAAACCAUAAAAUCUGGCAGUUGGUUUUCAUCAUCUACGCAAAUUCUUUCUCCUCGAUAAGGUUGGAAAUAAGUUCACGAAAUCUGAAAAAAAUUAAAAAAACAGUGCUAGACACUUAAAUAUACCAUCUGCAUUUUAAAAUCCUAUGCUUUUCCUCUCUUCUAAUUCACUUCCAUCUAUGUUAUAGUUCGUUAUCAUCAUAAUGCGCUUGACAUUCUUUUGUACCUUUUGUUUUCCUUUGUCGUAUCACUAUUGUGUGUGGCAGGUUAGGGAGAUAGAUAAGUCAUGGUUCUUAUUUUCCACUUCAUAUCACGAUGUAACUGGUAGCGCAACCUUCCCAUUUCAUAACUUCUUUUCGACAUAUGUUUGACCUUCUACUAGCUUUCAUGAGAAAGACCAUUCUAAACGCAUAUCACACGUUAAUGAAACUUCCUGUGAUUGGGCCAUUUUCAGGUCGUUAUGAAAGUUGUUAAUUUGCACAUAAGUUUAUUUGCUUUCGGGUUGUUCGCCUUAUUUAUUUUUACAAAAGAUUCUUCUUAGGUAUAUAUAUUUUAGUCAUAUUUUAUGCAUUCUUAUCUUUUUUAGUUUUUUUAUCCUAAUCCUGCUACUGUUUCGGAUAGAGAGAGACAUUUCGAUUCACUUGCAAUAUGAAUUUGAAGGAUCUUGUUCCUGAAGAACGUAUGAAAAUCGCUGCUCUUUUAGCAGAGAAAAAGAGUACAAAUGAGAAUUCAUGGAUGUAUGAGAAACCGAAAGAUGAUCCUGAAGCAUUUUUGUUGGGAAAACAAGUUCAAAGCUUAAACCAAAUUCAGGAAAUUGGUAAAGAAUAUGACGAAUCACCUGCUCAACGACUUGCUAGAUUUGAUAUGGAAGCCAAAUUUCGUGAAGAUCCCCUGACAAUUAUGAAGCAAAGAGAAGCGGAAAAACGAAUAGAACUGCUUCAGAAUACAGCUAAAGUUAGGAAACUUCGAAGACUUCUAACAGAGCAAAAAUUGCGUAAAGAAAAACGUAAAAGUAAAAAACAUUUAAAACAAAAACGUCUGCAUAAAAGUUCAGAUGAAUCAGAGGGAGGUAGUUCAGAUGAUGAAUUACUGAAUAAGUUCAUUGAAAUUAUUCAUCAAUCUAAUGAACUGAAAGAGGAUAGCUCACAGAAAUCUAUGGAUAAAUGUAGUAAAGAAUCAUCUAGUACUGUUAAAAAACAACUUUCAAAUUCUUGUGAUCAGGAACAUGCACUUUCACACCAAAAGUGUUCAAAUGUGAACAGAAAACAUCAUUCAGAACGUAAUCAAUCAAUUUCAUCCUGUUCAGAAAGAUCUAACUAUCACAAAUCAUCAUCGAAUCGACGAAAGUUAUCCAAAGAAGAAAUCGAAGCUAAGCGAGCCCAGAUGAUUUCUGAUGCAAAAGAACAUGAAAAAGAACGUUUACAUCGUUCCACUACUCACUAUAAGAUAAAAAAGAAUGAAGAGGAAAGGGAAUUAGCCUCGAAAUUUUCUCAUGGACCAUCAUUUAUUAGUCAUUUAAAAAACCAACACGUUGACAGGACUACUUUAGAAGAAGGUAUUCAUCGUAAGGCUAGUAAUCGUCAGAAAGGGGAGCUUCAUGAUAAUUUUAUCAAACGUUAGGUCUUUUAAUUUUCUGAUUAUAUUGUACAUAAAAAAUGUUUCUUUGAUAAAUUGCAUAAAUGU